UAUCGAUAUUGUCAUUGCAUUAUUGUUUACAAUUUUUGUUUUCGUCCAACUGUUGGACUCCAACUUAAGUUUUUUGGUUUAUUUUUGAUCAGCAAAUAUGAGUAUUUCCUACAAAUGGACCUCUUCAUCUAUUCGUAAAUGUUUUAUAGAUUUUUUUGUUAAAAAUCACCAGCAUAAACUGGUACCCAGUAGCUCUGUGAUUUCAUCUGACCCUUCAUUAUUAUUCAAUAAUGCCGGAAUGAACCAAUUCAAAGACAUUUUUAUCGGUAACAUCUCACCUAAUCAUCCAUACUAUGAACUUAGACGUGCUGUUUCUAGUCAAAAAUGUAUUCGCACUGGAGGUAAACACAAUGAUUUAGAUGUUGUAGGCUACGAUUUGACGCACCAUACUUUCUUUGAAAUGCUUGGAAAUUGGUCUUUCAAUAGUUAUUUUAAGAAAGAAGCUUGCACUAUGGCUUUCGAAUUGAUUACCAAAGUUUAUAAGUUGCCUUUAGACAAACUUAUUAUAACAUAUUUUGCUGGUGACAAGACACUAUCAUUGCCCGCUGAUGAAGAAACGAAAGAAAUUUGGUUGUCACUUGGUUUUCCACAGAAUCGUAUUUUACCGACGAAUGAAAAUUUUUGGGAAAUGGGUGAAUCUGGACCUUGUGGGGUUUGUUCCGAGAUCUAUUUUCAGCUUGAUCCAUCUACAUUUUCUCUUGAAAAAUGUGUUGAGAUUUGGAACAUUGUUUUCAUACAAUAUUACAAAGAUGAAUCCGGGAUUGUAACAAAGUUACCAGCAAAUCAUGUAGAUACUGGGAUGGGUUUGGAACGAAUGGCAUCGAUUUUAAACAAUGUCCCUUCUAGUUAUGACACAGAUCUUUUUCAGCCUCUACUCACAACAAUUUCAACGAUGACCAAAUCUCGGCCUUAUCAAGGAUCUCUAAAAGAUAACUUAGACAUAGCCUACAGAGUAGUAGCUGACCAUUCUAGAAUGAUUACAAUAUCUCUUUCUGAUGACUUGAAGCCUGGAACGAAAGACACUGGACGGCAUUUUCGACAAAUAUUUCGUAAAACAUUUGCUCAUCUGAUAUUUGAUUUUGGAUACAAAGAGCCAGAGAAGGUUUUAAUUGAACUUUCUAAAAAAGUAGGAAAUAAUCUAGGAGAUGUUUAUCCAGAAAUCAAUUUAAAAAUGGACCGGAAUCUUAGCGUCAUCGCUCAAGAAAGUAUAUUGGCUACUGAUAUCAUUGAAAAGGCUACCAAGCUAUUUAAUAAAAUAGCAAAUCAAUUAGAUCGUAUCAAACAAGAUUGUAUUUCUGGUGAUGCCGUUUUUGAUCUUUUCCUGAAUGGCGGUGCUUCUAUUUUCAUGAUAAACAGGAUGGCUCGUAAUAGAAAUUUAAAAGUUGAUUGGGAAGGAUUCGAGAAAUGUUUUGCUAAACAUAAAGCUAAAUCAGCAGAAGGAUUAGAAGAGAGCAGAAAAAAUCGAAAAACAAUCAAACACAAUUGAAUGUAAAUAAGUGACUUGAUUUAUUUACUCAAAAAGUAAAUCAUUCAACAUUAAGAAUUGUCACAUUAAACUCAAGUUAACCAACAUUUUUGGCGCCUUUACUUUCAAAUAUAUGCUCAACAACACCAUCUAGGGAUGACUAAACAGGACGUAAAUGUUAUUAAAAAGAAAAUUGUGAUUCUUUUCUCAACUCAAUAAUCAUUGUAUCUUUUAUCUUGAUUGUUGAUCAGGAACAGAUAAUCUUCAUUAAUUUUUAUAUCUGUUCAAAUAUUUUCGAUGGCUUAACAAUAUCUCAUCAACAUAUUACAUCGUUCAACCUUUAAUAUUUAUUGACUUUUUUUACUAUUUUUGUUUUGUUGUUGGUCUCUACUAUCAACAAGCAUCAUUGAAUUAUUUUUAUUCCUAUUCUCUUCUGAUUUUUGUAAUUCUGUUUCAUCAACAUUAUUAUUUCAUUCUUUGACUGGUUUAAUUACAUAACCAUCUGACGUCUAUUGAAUGGGCUGUUCUAAUCGACACGAGAUACUCCUCUCUAUAAUUUUUUCUGCUCUUUUCAGUUCUCCCUCCCUCCCUUCCUGUCCUCAAUCCUCUCUUCUUCAAUCUUGAUUUUCAAGCUAUUGACUGACGAUAGGUUACCAUCGCCAUCACCAACAUCAUCUUCAUCACCAAUAUAUUUCACUCGAAGAGUUUCAAUCCUGGAUGAAUAAGUUGCUUAAGUAAGAAAACUUGGACACAAUUCUUCAUUUACUUCCAAUAUGACUUAUUUUUUCUCAUUUCCAUGAAAUAUUUACCUAUCUUUUUCUCCCUCUAUCUCUCUUUUCAGUUGCUCACUCUUCCUCUAAUCCAUGCUACUUUCCUGGUUCAAUGAUUUUUUUACUCGAUGCUGCUUCAACUUGCAAAUCAAAGUAUAAUGUCAACACUAAAUAUUUUUUCCUGGUUUACAUUUCCAUUUUAUUGCAACUGAAUGUUUAACUUGUAUAGAUUAUUGAUUACUUGAACUCUCCUUACAUUCAUUAUAAACCAGUGGACAAUACA